CGAGAAAAUCGAGAUAGACAUCCGCUCUUCAAGCUGCAGCAGCCAAACAAGAACCGACAACUCGCUGCAGGAGGUGAAUAAAAACACUUUCCAUUUUUAUCUUGACACUCUUCUGAUCUGCCGCCUGUGCACAAUGAGCUCCAAGGCAAGUCUGCAUGCCAUCUCCCCACUCAGGGAUAGUGUCCCCAUGUCCAAAGAGGCUGGGACCACAGUCUACCUCAAACUGGACACUGCCCAGCCAACCGGCUCCUUCAAGAUCCGCGGCAUUGGUCACCUCUGCAAGACGUGGGCGGACAGAGGGUGUGAACGGUUUGUCUGCUCCUCGGGUGGCAAUGCUGGCCUGGCAGCUGCCUACUCUGCCCGGAAGCUGGGGGUACCUGCUACUAUCCUAGUGCCUUCCAGUACCCCAUCCUUCACCAUCCAGAGACUGCAGGACGAGGGGGCCAGCGUGUCUGUGGUGGGGGAGAUGCUAGACGAAACCAUUGAGCAUGCUAUGAGAAUGGCAGAGAAUAACCCAGGCUGGGUCUAUAUCCCUCCCUUUGAUGACCCGCUCAUCUGGGAAGGACACGCCUCCAUCGUGACAGAGCUCCAGCAGGCCCUGGACAGCAAGCCUGGCGCCAUCGUGCUGUCAGUAGGGGGAGGGGGCCUGCUGUGCGGGGUGGUGCAGGGGCUGAGGGCUGUGGGCUGGCAGGAUGUGCCCAUCAUUGCCAUGGAAACCAAGGGAGCACACAGCCUCAAUGCAGCCGUGCAAGCAGGGGAGCUUGUCACACUGCCCCAGAUCACCAGCGUUGCCAAAACGUUGGGGGCGAAGCGUGUGGGUGCACAGACCCUGAAAGUGGCCAAAGAGCACCCCGUCUUCUCAGAGCUGGUGAGCGACCAGGAGGCUGUGGGGGCUAUCGAGAAGUUUGUGGAUGAUGAGAAGAUCCUGGUGGAGCCUGCCUGUGGCGCCGCCCUAGCGGCUGUGUACUGCAAUACAAUCCGCAAGCUGCAGGACGCGGGCAAACUGCCCCGGAACCUGGACUCCGUGGUCAUAGUGGUCUGUGGAGGCAACAACAUAACUCUGGGACAACUGCAGAGACUCAAAGAACAACUGGGCCUGCCCAACCUUACUGCGGCUUAACCCCCACAAAAAGCAAAGAGUGGGCCAGGCCAGAGAAAAUGAUUGCAUUCUUUACACCGUGGAGCAAACCAAUACAGACAAAAAGGAGCAUCUUUUUUUUUUUUUUUAAAUGGGAAGAAAUAUUUUUAAAACUGGGGGCCAAGUAAUCAAAGUGAACACACAC